AGUUCACACACAAAAGCGAAUACGUCGCGAAAAGUAGCAGCCGAGUAGUGAGAGAAGAGCCACACACAAUCCUGCUGAAGCGAAAGAUUAGGGCUGAGGAAAAAAAAUCCCAACACAUUUUUCACCGAUUUCCUGUGCUAAAAAUCACCCGUCGCUAGUCGCGAAAUGUUGGCUACGGUUUUCCCCGUUCGGUUUCGGUUGUCGCACCGUUGAACGUGAUCGAUUUGGCUGAGAAAAGUGCCCUUCUUUCGUCGUCGGGAGAAAGAACCUCCUGAAGUUUUUUUUUUCUUUUCCACGGGUCGAGAGACAGAAAGAAAGAAUACUGCUAGGGCUGACUGCCAGUGCCAGCCAGCCAGCCAUCGCCGCAGGAAUUUACGGUGGUGUGCGUGUGCAAGUCGCAAGUGUGUGUUUUGUGUGCAACGCUACGAACCCAAGAAGAACAAGAAGGAGGCAUCCCACCCCUGCCGCUGCUUGCACUCGAUCGGUCGGUUGGGCGAGUGUGCGGAAUCCGAAGUUCAUAUCAACAAGAAGAGAAAAGACUGUUGUGGAAUAUUUUGGUGGUGUGUUGUCGUCGUUGUCCCUUGUGGGAUAAGUUUUUGGAAGUGCCGGUGGGCAGCAGCAGCAGCAGCAGAAGAAGAAAAUACAAGCAGCAACAGGAAGCGCAGCCGGAGAAGCAACUUCCCGUGAUUUGCUGCCGCUUGAGCCCCCAACAGAAGUCGGAGAGUCAACCCGGUGCGGAAAAAUGUGCGAUGUUUGCUCGGGGUUUCUGAAUCUGCUGGGGUCAUACGAAUCCCGUCUCGCCAACAAUGAAACGGAACAUCCGGUGUUUCUCGCCAAGCGCGAAAUCGAAACCGUCAUCGGCUACAUCCAGUGCUGGCCGGCGCGGCAGUGCAUGUGCUGCUACCGGGAUCCGAAGAACUUCGAGCGCUUCAACUUGGUAGUGCAGGCCAUCGUCUACUUUACGGUGUAUCAGCUGAAGAACAUCAAGGCUCUGCUGGACCGUGAGGAGCAGAAGUUAGCGGCUGCAGGACCGUCGUCCUCCUCACCGUCAUCAUCAGCGUCGCCGUCGUCGUCGUCUUCCUCGUCGACCAGUAGUAAAGAUGACGAGAAGGAAGAGCCAGGUUCCGGUAAAGGGCUAGAUGAACAGCCUGUUGUUGUUGUUCAGGAUGAUGCCAAGUCAGAGAAGCAGGAAGGCGAAGAGGAGCAGAAGGAACGGAAGCAGCAGCAGCAACAGCAGUCGGAGGCUGCCACACUAGACGACUGCUGGACGCUGCUAGAUGUUGAGAAGCUUUUGCUGCUAUCGUCCAAGGCAUUUCUGCUCAACUUUCCCCUCUACGUCGCCUACAAGCAUGGUGUUCACGCCCGGAUGGACGAAAUUUCCCCGCAGGAAGCGCAAACUUUGAGCAUCUUUUGCGACCUGCACGAUAACGAAAUCCCGGCAUUCCUGCUGAGGAACGUUUCCCUGUUUUGCACCUCCGGUGGAUUCGAUGCCAUGAUGAGUAGCUUUGACCACCAGAAUCUGCCGGUUCCGAUUGCCCAUGCCAUCACGGCGGCCAUUUCCAAUCUAAAACUCUGGAUCAACUAUCGUUCGAUCAUUCAACUAUUUAUUCCGAUACGAGUGAAAAUUUUGCAGUACAUGUGUAAGCUAUCGGAUCAGGAUUUGCGAUCCCCGGCGACCAAGUCGAUGGCAGACUUCAUGUGGACGGCGAUCAAAGAUCCGCUGGAUUCGCAAAUAACCUUCGACACGGAGGGCCUAGCGCUGGCAUUCAAAUACUUCACCAGUUCGACGCUGACGAUGCGAUUGGCAGGAAUGGCUCAGAUCAACGCCCACAUCAACCUGUUCAACGAGAUCUGCACCACGGAAACCGUUGCCGAGGUGGAAGUCGUCGGCCAAAAACUGGCCGAUUGGUUAACGGAAAACCAGAUAAUCUCCCAUCUCUUUGGACCGAAUUUGCACGUGGAAGUCAUCAAGCAGAGCCACAUCGUGUUGAACUUUCUAGCCGUCGAGAAUCAAAUAACCGAGGAGCACAUUACCCUCAUAUGGCAAGCAGCUCAGCUGAAACAUUGCUCCAAACCUAUCUACGACAUUCUGCCGUCGCUGGUGAAGAACCUUGCUCCACGUCCCGCGUCUCAUCUAUACGCGCUUCUUUCCCGUCUCGAUCCCAAGGAGCACACCGAACAGUCCAUCUACAUUGCAUCAGCUCUGACCAAGUUAAUCUGGGCCCGGGACUGCUCCCGUCUAACACUGAUGGACCUGGCGAAAAAUAACGUUCUCCGGGAAGCUGCUGCAGUUGCAGCAGCAGCGGCAGCUGCCGUUCGAGAAGCCGACUUACCAUCCAGCUCGGAGAAUUCCGUCUCCGUCGAUGGGAGCAACAGCGAAGACGAACCCCAGGAAGAGGACAGUUCCGAUCCGGAUCACCCAGUAAGUGCGGUUGCGGCUGCAGCAGCUGCAGCCGUGGCCGCUGCCGCGUCAGCACGAACACAUCGAAUACCGCCGGGUGCGGUUCCACCCAUCGUUGCUGGUCCUUCCUCGUUGUCGUCGGGAGCCGUGGCCGCAGCAGUCGUAGGACAGAAGAACACUGCGGUCAAAGCGGCGGCGGCGGCGAUAGCAGCAGCUGCCGUUGCCAGCCUUAUGGAGGCAGAUGAAUCGGACUCCGGAGUGGCGGCACCACCCCCUUGCAAACAAGCGAGACACAAGAACUGCUGUGAUGAGACGACCGAUGAUAGUAUUAAGGUAGAACCGGACAUCUACGACGUUGACCAGCGGUUGAAGGAUAAAAUGCGCAUUCCACUGAUGAGCCGUUCCCUGGCGGCCGCUUCCGGUUUCACCGAGGAUGCCGGCACCAGCAGCGAAGAGGACUGCCUGGACAUGAGCGAAGCAUUUUCCACCAUGCGCAAGAAGAUGCUCCGGAAGAAGCGGAAGAAAAUCAGUGGACUCACCCGGAAGGAACUGCAGGAGAUGGCCGAGAGCGUGUCGGAUGUGGAGGACAGUGACCUGCUGGCGGCCAUGCUCCCGGAUAGCGACUGUAGUGAUACGAAUCUGCAGAGCUCGGUGCUGAGGCAUAUGGGCGGUCAUCAUGGCCCAGUUGGUCCGGUAGGGCCAGAACCGGGCACUAGUGGAGGACCACCGGUGGUGGGCGAUGACGUGCCACCGUUUAUGGGUGCCAUGAGUGAAGGACAUUUGAUCAACUUUUUGAACGCCACCGAGAACGAUGGAAGCUGCUCGUCGCCGCUAAGUAACAAAUCCGAAAAGAACAUGGGUGACUUUGACGACGAGGAUUCCCCGUGUGAAGAGGAACUGGUUGAACUGGCAGCUCGAGCACAAUGUUUACAUCAGCAAUUUCCACUGCCGAGGCCACGCUCUCUGGGACCCGGCUCUUUGGUACAUGGAUCGCCGCAGGCCCGAACGAAUACUCCAAAUAUCACUCUGACGCGGGCACAUCACGAUCGCUUGUCGAGUUCCGGCGGAAGUAUCGGUCCGAUGACGCAUCCCAUGACGCCCAGUGUGUCCAGCAGUGGUACUCCAACGUCCACCGGGGGCAAGGGAAAGAUGGGUUCGACGCCAAUUGGAGGAAAGACUCCACAGGCACCGUCCAAGGAAAUGUUGGCCGCUGCUGCUGCUGCGAGUGCGAGUGGAAGUGCUGGUAGUAGCGGAAGUCUUGGAGCACCUUCGUCACCAAAUUACAGGUUCCCCGAUGUGUGCCAGCCGGGAAAUACUCUGCUGUGGGAUUUGUUACAGGAUGAUAAGAUUGGUCAAUUGGGUGAAUGCCUCGCCCUGGAAGCGGAGAAAGUUCUUGGUACCCUUCUGUGCUUUCACACGGAUAAGAUUAUCCGAACGCGGUUCAUCGAGGGAUGUCUGCAGAACCUGGCGGAGAACCGUAGCGUUGUAACGAGUUUGCGAUUGCUGCCGAAGCUGUUCGCAUCGUUCCAACAAUUCAGGGACGUCACUACUCACCAGGUCGUUCUGUGGGCCGAACGGCACCAUCGCAUGAUGCACCAUUUCUUCAACAAUCUGAAACACUACACCACCGAGGCAGGGCGGAGCGGUCGGCAGUCCGGCACUCUCGGCAUAGUGUUAAAUCAGAAUGGAAUACCGCUGUACUCGCAUGUGACGCAAAUUCAGGUCCGCUUGCAGUUCCUGUCGUCCGUUUUUAGCGACGUUGGAUCGCCGCGAAACUUCAAGUUGACGCUCAGUCAGGUCGAUACCGUGUGGGCUUGUCUGGCUAAUGAUCAGGAGUGCAGUGAUUGUCUGUUUGCGUGGCUGCAAGGUCAGGUCAAAGGCGGAGACACUCAUGCAUUGGGCAUCAAUGCGAUCCAACAUUUGUACUUGAAGAGGCUGUCGGAGUUGAAACCGGAAGGGAUUUCGAUGGUGGCGUUGGGAUUGUUCCAACAGUUGUUCACCUUGGGAAGAGAGGAGAUCAUCAGUCAUCCCAGUGAGAGUCAGGAGUCGAGUGACUCGGUUGGAAUGGAACAUUUGUGGAAGAUUGCGUUGCGGGCGUACAAUACGGACGUUUCGUUGACGGCAAUCCAGUACAUCAACACUUACUACAUGGAGAAACAGCUGAAGUAUGAAAAUCAAUUUGUAGCCCAGUGUAUGAAUCACUUGACGCAGGCUGUGGAAGAGCUGAAUCGUCAGGGACCGGGGUCGGAGAAUGCUUUGAUGUGUGUACAGCGGGCAUUGAUGCUCUUGAACACUCACCUGGAAACAUUCCGGAGAAGGUACGCCUACCAUUUAAGGCGGUGGGCCUUGGAAGGGAAGGAGGUGGGUAUGCACAGUGCAUUGCGAAGCGAGGGACCAGGUCCUCCAAUUCGAAUUGUUCUACAACCGGCAGGAGUGCCGGAAAAAUCCGUACUUCAUCUGCACGCUACCGAUUUGGUGGCCGAUCUGAAAGCGGAGAUCGCCAAAUGGUGGGAAACGAUCCAGGGUACAGUGAAAUCUGCCCACAACGAAACCACUGCCCGAACUGGAACCGGUGCGGUUCUUGGUCUUCUCCUGAGUGAGGGACCUCUGCGAAUAAUCACCCAAGGUCAGGAAAUUACCGCCGAAUACGACGAACGCAGCCUUGCCGAUGUCGGAUUCAAGGACAACCAAAUGGUGUACGUCUCCAUGGGAAGUCGUGGAGGUCGUCGCCGGGAUCAUCACGACCAUCCCUCGAUGCAACCGCCACCUCCGAAAGACUGCCUUCCGACGCUGCUCCUGCUCAAAAGUCCUUACUUCGAGCAACUGUUCAAACUAAUGCAAACCCUAGGUGACAUGAAACUGGUCGGCCCAGGAGGUCGAAUCCAACCCAACACAAAAGCCCAGCUCCUUUCCCGGAGGGUAUGGGACAUCCUAGCCAUGCUCCCAACGGCUCCGACCUUCUUCAGUACCCUAAAGAACCUCACCUUCAAAGAACCAGAUUCGGAACCUUCCAUAGACAUGGAUUGCCCGGACAUCCCACAGUACACUCUCAAGGAGAUUCUCGAACCGCACAAUCUGCAGAAAUUCAUGUACUCCCUGCACAUCGUAGAAAGCCUCUGCAAGUCGAAGUUCAUGGGCAGUUGCUGUAGCGGUGGAGGUCCAGGAAGCGCCCCAGUCAAUCCCGGCCCCAUCGGGGUCCCGAUCGCUGCCACUACGUCCGGUAUGCCGGGAGGAUCCCGCUCAGCCAUCGGACCCAGCGCCAGCAGUGCGAAAAGCUUGUCCGUUAAGAAUCAGCUGAAGUUGAAGAUUUCCACCUCAAAGUCGUUGAAGAUGCAGAAUCAAAAGCUGGCCAAACAACAGGCACAGAUACUGGGAGUUAGCAACAGCAAUAGCAGCAGCAGUAGUGUAGGGAUGACUUCCCCCGGUAAGAGGUGCGUUUCUCCUUCCGGGGAGAAGCGGAUGGAUUUGAGUGAUGGCGGUGGAGAUGGGAAGGGAAGCUCGAGCGAAACGGAGAAUAAGGAAAAUAAGAUUGAGGGGAACGGGUCGGAGAAGGGGGAUCAAAAGGAUGAUGGGAAGGAAGAGGAGAAGGAAGUGUUGGCAGGCGGUGAAGUGGAAAGUCGAAUUCAACCGGAUCACCCACAACUUUCGCCGCCACCGCCCCCAAAGUUACCGAGCAGUCCGGCCAGCGCGUCGCUGGAGUGGAGCGAGCAGUUCAUCAAGUGCGGUGGCCUGGCUCACCUUUAUCAGAUCUUCAUUUCCGGUGUACUGCAGAAGCAGUCCAUCGCCAAGGAUGGGGACGACCUGAACGAGUGGCGUCAUGAUUGCCUGGCGAGCUUGCUGCGGAUACUCUGCCUGCUGGGCAUGGAGGAAUUCAAACCGGAAAACGAGAAUGCCAUCAUCAUUCCGAAACUUAAUCGGCACACUCUGGCACUGAUGGAGGUUCGACCAACGCUGGAACGGAUAGCGGGUAUUUUGAAUGAGGAAUCCCAUCCGUUGAGUCCGCACCACUUCAAGACGGGUCUGUUCGGACGGGCUCAGGUCAUUCACUAUGCGAUGAACCUGUUGGUUUGCUAUGCCCAUUCGUUGGCGGAUGUGAGGUCUACGUUGUGGAAGGUUGAUGCCAACCUAGCAUGGGUUCAGCGAUUAAUUUUGGAUGAUCCGGAACCAGCCGUACGAAGAGAGGCCUGCGCAGCACUCUAUAGGAUGUGUUUGGGUAAUGCUCAGACCUACUAUGAAUUGAUGGCUCCGUUGCUGUCCAAAUUGGUAGCUCUGUUGCCACUGGCGGAAAAAAUGCGACCUCAGAGCCAAGCGUAUCAUCUAUCACCGGACGAAGGUAAAGAACCGUACGGUCCAGCCUGUCGGGACUACUUUUGGUUGUUGUGUCGGUUGGUGGAUUCGUUGUCUCCGGAAUUGGUGAAGGAUUGCGGAGGAGAGCUUAGUCGGAAACCCGGAUCGAUCGGAAUCGAGUCCAUGUGCCGGCAGGUUUCCAAGAGCAUCCUGGAUCGAGAUUAUCUGGAAAGUCGUCACGGAAGUCCCGAUGAUGGACUGUUUGGUUUGCUGAAUUUGAUGGCCAAUCUGGUAAAGUUCGACCCGCAGUUCAAGUUCAGCGAAGACGGCCAGGAGUUUAUCGGGAAAAUCUUCCAAUCGUUGUUUGAGCUUCCAUCCCCGGACGACCGCGAGAAGCCGAAGUGCAAGAGCCACGGAGCACGCGCUGCAGCCUACGAUUUGCUGGUAGAAAUGUGUAAAAGUGCUCCGAAAAACUACCUGCUACUCCACGGAAAGCUUAUGCUACAGCACCGGGCAGGUCCCCAUUCGCCGUAUCCCUGGGACUACUGGCCAAGGGACGAAGGUCGAUCUGAGUGCGGCUACGUUGGACUAACUAAUCUGGGAGCAACCUGCUACAUGGCUUCCUGUAUCCAGCAUCUUUUCAUGACUCCCCAAACGAGGGAUGCCAUCCUGUCGAUUUCUCCGGAUGGGCCACAGAAGCACAAGGCCACCCUGUACGAACUGCAGCGGAUGUUUGCCUACCUGAUGGAGUCGGAACGGAAGGCCUACUGUCCGCGGUCAUUCUGUCGGGUGUAUCAGAUGGACCAUCAACCGUUGAACACGGGGGAACAGAAGGACAUGGCCGAGUUUUUCAUCGACCUGGUAUCGAAGCUGGAGGAGAUGACCCCGGAAUUGAAGACCCUGGUGAAGCGAGUGUUCUGCGGAGUCAUCAGCAAUAAUGUCGUGUCAUUAGAUUGUGGUCACGUGAGUCGAACGCUGGAGGAGUUCUAUACGGUUCGGUGUCAGGUGGCGGAUAUGCGUAAUCUGCACGAAUCUCUGGACGAGGUCACCGUCAAAGAUACGCUGGAGGGGGACAACAUGUACACGUGUUCCCAGUGCGGCAAGAAGGUCCGCGCCGAGAAGCGAGCGUGUUUCAAGAAACUUCCGCAGAUUCUGUGCUUCAACACGAUGCGGUACACGUUCAACAUGGUGACGAUGCUGAAGGAGAAGGUCAACACCCAUUUCAGCUUUCCGAUGCGGCUGGACAUGUCCGGGUACGUGGAGAAGACGCUGAUGCCACAUCACUACCAGGAGGAGAAGCGGAAGUCCGAACUGAGGCGAUCGGCUUCGAGGAAUGUUAGCGAAUCCAGUGCUUCGGACGGAAUGGGUUCGCUGUCUGGUGAAGAGCGAAAAGAGGACAAGGUCAGCUCGAGUGACGGCCAAGAAGUGCAGGGUGUUUCAUCUUCGAUGGCGAAAAACGAAGCAGCGGAGAAAGCCGAAAUCCAGAAGCAACAGCAAACACUGGACGAGGAAGACUCGGAGGAUUUCAACGAACAUUACGAGUACGAUCUGGUCGGGGUGACGGUUCACACGGGAAAUGCCGACGGAGGGCAUUACUACAGUUUCAUCAAGGAGCGCAACGAAGACAGCAAUCCGAACCAUCAGGAACGGUGGUUCCUGUUCAACGAUGCCGAAGUCAAGCUCUUCGAUCCGUCGCAGAUUGCGGCCGAGUGCUUUGGAGGGGAAAUGACGAGCAAAACCUACGACUCGGUGACGGAAAAGUAUCUCGAUUUCAGCUUCGAAAAGACCAACUCGGCCUACAUGCUGUUCUACGAGUGGCGAUCGAACAAGGGUUCCAACAUCCAGCGGGAUCAAGCCAGCAAGCCAUCCACCUGCACUUCGGCGUCAUCCUCGUCACCGGGUUCGUCCACUUCGAUGGUAUCGAUUCCGGUUACGGCAACCACCACUAGCAGUAGCAGUGAGCCCCCAGUGACAUCGUCGUCCUAUGCUGGUAGCGCAACAUGCACCAGCGUCGGUAGCAGCAACAACAGCAACACAAUUUGCACUAGCACCGACAUUCCAUCAUCAAGCGCUAGCAAAACGGAAGGCGAGUCCGUUUUGGAGGUGCCGAAAAAACUGUCGGAAGAAGCCGCCGAUAGUUCAAAUGUUCCGCUGCCGUCAAACAUCCGCGAUGCCGAUCAGACUGAGAAACUCAUCCAGAAACAACAUCCCGGUGAAGUAUCAUCGGUAGUAGAUAACCUAAGUAACCUAAGUAAAUGUGAUAUAGAUGUUAAGACUAGCCUACGAAGUGCUGUUGGCGUCGUACCAUCACUGGCCACCGUUACGAGUGCUGCCCCAUCAUCGUCUACACCGUCACCGCUGGCCGCACUGCAAGCCACCUCGCUAAGCAUCCUUCCGCCAUCGGGUCCACUCCUGGGGCCCUCGAUGCUACCAUCGCCAUCAUCUUCAUCCUAUUCGUCCAUUUCGUCGCUCUCCGCACUGACCGCCACCGCCGGAGGAAAUGUUGGCAUUCCGCUAAGUGCCGUCGUACAACAGCCCACCAUCUCCAGUGCCCUGCAACCGUGCUCAUCAUCGUCCGCCUCGUCAUCGGCAUCGGUUUCGUCCCUCGGCUCCGGGCCCUCCCUCGGGCUCGGGCUCGGACUCGUCCGAAUAGGCCCGCCUCCGAAACGGAAACGAAAAAUUCUCAGCAAAGAGCUGGAAGAAUGGAUCUGGCAGGACAACCGACACUUCCUGCAGGAUAGAAACAUCUUCGAGCAUACCUAUUUCAAUUUCAUGUGGCAAAUAUGUGGUCAUAUUCCGCAAACGCUGUUGGCCCUGCCGGAUAUCACAUGCAUUGCCGCGCAGUUGUCGGUGUCGUUCUUCAUCGAGACGUUCAUACACGCUAAAGAGAAGCCCACGAUGGUCCUCUGGGUGGAGCUCCUUACCAAACAAUUCAACGCGAGCCAGGAAGCGUGCGAGUGGUUCCUGAGUCACAUGUCCGCGGAACCGUGGUGGCCCGUGCAGGUCCUGAUCCAGUGUCCCAAUCAAAUGGUCCGGCAGAUGUUCCAACGGUUGGUGAUCCACGUGAUACAGCGGUUGAGGCAAAGUCACAGCGCGCUCUACCUGAAGGUGGAAACCGACGAGGACGGGAACGAAAUCAUCGGUAACGUUUCGUGCGUCACGCGGUUUAUCAAGUCGCUGAUCAUGCUCAUGGAGCAUGGUGCCCGUGCCCAUCUGCGCCAUCUGUCGGAGUUCUUCGGGUUACUGUACGAAUUCUCCCGCAUGGGUGAAGAGGAAGCCCUGUUUCUGCUGCGAAUCAAUGUGAUAAGAAGCGUUGCCGACUUCUACCUCGGCCACAAGGCCCAGGAUUGCAUCGACACCAACUCCGACAACGAGGACAACUCGUCCGAUGAGGCUCUUACGGUUGACAAAAGCCGACCGGCGUCGUUGGAUAAAAUGAUUGCUCUGGUGGCGUCCCUGGUGGAGCGAUCCCGAGGUCCCGACUUGCGGCUGCAUUUGUCCGCUCGGGACUACAAUGCCAUUGCGGGUGGGAAGGGAUUUCCGUUUCUCUACCAGCAGAUUAAGGACAACAUCAAUCCGCACCAGACGAGGCAUUUGAUCCACGCGCUGUGUCGAUGUGACGAACGACUGGCUGGCCAGAUCAUCGCGAUGCUAUUCACUGCCGUGACGAAGCAUACGGAGCUAUGUGGACCGUUUUUCAAAUUGUUAACACUGCUGACAGAAUCCACGGGAGGUCCCUCGGGGUUGCCAUGUUUCUCCCAGCUUGUACUGCAGAGGGUUUGGGAUGCUGCCGAGUACUGUCCGCAGUCCGCUUUGGAUUGGCUGGCGGUGCAGGCUCCUCGGAACAAAAUUGCUCACACCUGGAUCCUUCAAUCGGCCGAAAGCUGGGUCGAAACAUUCCUGCUGGCCCAUAACAAUGCUCGAGUGCGGAAUGCCGCCGCCUAUCUCCUGGUGUCGUUGGUACCGUCGCAAAAUUUCCGCACCAACUUCCGGGCCACUUCUCAUCACAAGCUGACGAUGCAUGCUACCCAGCCGAGGGAAAUUUCAUGCGAAGCUCAACUCAUCCUGCAUACCAUUCUGAAUCUCCUGCUGAGGUUGCUCCGGUCCGCUCGAAACUACACGGACAUAAGCGUCCACGGGACGACCAAGCUGACGGCGUACUUCAAUCUUAUGACGUACUGCUUGGUGUCGAAGACGGAGAAGUUGAUGUUGGGUCCACACUUACGAGCUUUGUGGGAGCUGUUCCAUCCUCGGUUAUCGGAACCUUCGGUUCCAGCGCAUCACAACAAACAGGCUCUGCUGGCGUUCUGGUACCAGGCUACGCUGGAUUGUCCCGAGAAUGCACUGCUCGUCGCAAACUGUCCGGACAUCACCAGGAAUAUUGCAUUUAAUUACAUACUAGCCGAUCACGACGACUCGGAGAUCGUCACCUACAACCGCGCAAUGCUUCCGGUGUACUACGGAUUGCUCCGAAUGUGCUGUCAACAGAGCCGUUUGCUGACCCGUCAGCUAGCCGCUCAUCAAAAUCUGCAGUGGGCCUUCAAGAACAUCACUCCCCAUCCCACGCAGUACCCGCUGGCCGUGGACGAACUGUUCCGGCUUAUGACACUCUUCGCACAACGACAUCCGGAUGCCACGGAAGCGGAACAACGGGAGGUUACCAUAUUUCGCAGAACCACAUUGACAGCCUACCUGAACGGACUGGACGCUCGGGUUUCGUGGGGAACGCUGAUAGCUGCCCUACGGAUUUUGGUCGAUAACGACGAUGAUCGACUGUUUGUAGUACUGAAUGGAGGCAUCACGCUUUGUUUCGACGCUCUUCACACGCUGCACUCCAUGUAUCAUGAGGCUACCGCUUGUCACGUGUUUGGUGACCUGCAAGAACUGCUAACCGAAGUCAUACUUCUGAUCAGCACACUUCGAGCCAGCUGUCGAGAGCAGAAGAAACGCCCCCCACCGGCACUGAUGAAAGGGCUUCCGGAAGCUGUGCGGAGGUUGGCAACCCUGCUGAAUACCUUCAACCCACCGGAGAUGCGAAAUCUCGCUCUAGAGGUUCUCAAAGAACUGGUCAAAUGUGCCCCUCCGGAGAUCAUCAGUACGGUACUGGUGCCGCUGCUAACACACUGCCACACUCAGAACGUUGCGCAUACCAUGGGUCCUCUGGGGUCGUAUUUCCCGAGGCGUGGUAUGAAGGCGACUUGGCCGCCGGUGUCGAAGAACACUCCUCGUCCUCCGCGGCCCAUGGUCCAGAUGAACAUACCACAGUCGCAAAUUUGCGAAAAGGGUUUGGAUAAGGACUUUGAUCUCGCGCUGGAACUGUUCUACCGUCCAUAUCACGAAUUUCUGGAUAUCAUGUUCCGGGUGGCCGUCACCUCCAGUCAAUUCAACGAACCGCUGGUACACCUGUCGUUGCUCAUCGGAAUCGAGGCCGUGGUGCUACACUUUAAUAUCUUUGCCAAGUUUUGGGUUGGCAUCUACAAUAACAAAACAACCAACAGAUACGCGGAGCUGUUGAUCAAGAAUCCACUGCUGGUGGAUUACAUCGAUGAGAUUCUGAGAGACGAGAGACUGUCGCUGAACGAUCCGGUGAUUGCAAACUUUAUCGAAAUUUACUAUCCUAAGGUCAAAUCCCGGCUGGUCGUGCCCCGGUUGCUGGAAUCGAUCUGCCAGCUGCUGCCGGACAAAAGCAAUCUCGAGGACAUCUGCGGCGAUCUGCAGGCGAUCCGCAUCAUCGGCCAGCGGACGGGCAUUCCUGCCUCGGUGAAAACGCUACUGCAGAACUCGCUGCACGCGGUCCUGCUCAAGUUCAAGGACGAGAUGUACAGUGACGAGGAGACGCCACCGAAGCGGCGAAAGAUGACCAUCAACAACAGUUCAGCGCAACAACAACCUCAAGUACAACGACAGCCUAUUUUGCGUUCGCCGGUUUCCGAACCGGAGCAGGAACAGGACAACAAGGCUCCGCAGCAUCUGAUUGUAAACCAUUCCAGUGAGGAGGCGGACAGUGAGCGGAAGCAGCCGGAAGAAUCGACAGUGGCGAAGCCAGUGAGUGAGGAUAAGGAAGAGGAGUCGGCGGUGAGUAAAGUGUGUUCGGAGGCGAUGAACUGCUCCGAAGAGCAACAGCUGCAGCAGCAGCAGCAGGAGAAGAAGGAAGAUGGCGAAGAACGUAUGGAGCAAGAUGGGGUGGCAGGAAGCAGUGAGGCUAGCAGUGAAAAGCGAGAUGAGAGUGUGAAGCAAGACGAGUCAGGUAGUAGUAGUAGUGCCAGUAGCAGUAGCAAAGCAGUCGAAUCGUCGGAGGACAAAGGCAAAAGCAAUCCAUCCGAAGGGGAGCAAUCGAAGCACCAGCAGCAGGGUCUCAGUGAACAGGAACUGUACCAGCGAAAUCUAAUUAAGGACAUCGAAAGUCACAUCGAGCUAAUAUUUGAGUGUUUGGACGACGACGAGGACGAUGAGGAUGGUGGUGGUGCUGGAGCUUCUUCAAAGGCAGCCGCGUCAUCAUCGUCGACGACAAUGCCUCCGAAGGAGGAAUCAGAUGAAGGCGUUGAAUCCGAAGCCGUAAGUAGAAGCAGUUUAAGCAGUGGAACGACGCCAAUUUCGGCGACGGGUUGCCCCAGUCCUAGCAAAAUCAAACGGAGGAACCCAUCCUGUGAAGAACCUCCAGUGAUGAUGAAAGAGGUGGCUACUGCACCGGAACAGACGGAAGCGACGGCGAAGGAAGAUGAAGGCGACGCGAAGGUUGAAUCGUGAGUGCUAGACGUGCGGUAAUAGAGAUUGAAGGCAAGUGAAGAAAGGAAGGCGGCGUAGGUUUUUAAGAAAGCAAGUCAGAAGGAGAAUUUAGGAACAGUCGAUUGAUUAUGCAUAGAGUUUCGGCGAACCAAAAUUGUGAUGUUUUUAAAAGUUAAGAGUUUUUUUUUUGGUACCAAAAAUAUAGAGUGAGCUGAACGAGGGGGUAAGAAGGGUUGAAGGAGGAAUUAGUUUUUUUCUUUCGUGUCUAAAUUUAUUUGUGAAGCAUUAUUUUUUCGGCAUUCGAAAGUCACCAGUAGUAAGGGUCCUUCUCGUUUAAAUACAACAUUGUGGGUAGAGAAUUUGCGUGAGCGAACGUUGAAC